UAUAUAUAUGUAUAUGUGUAAUAAACUGAGAAGAGGGAAAGAAUGAAAGGAAUUUUGAGAAAAGAUAUCAGACGGCACAAACUGAUUGAAGUUCUUAUUUUGCACUUCCCCUUCCUUUCCCUCAUUUUGAGCUUCACAUCUGAAGGUACAUAUGUUCGAUGCGCGCGCAAGUGCAACGUGGUGGGGUGUACGACUUAUAUUUUGAGACUCUGUGUUGGAGACACUGUGUUAUGCAUUGACAAUCACCGACGAGUACCUUGGUCGGUUUUGCUCUCAGGUUAGAUAUGGCGUAGAUAUAAGGCAAAGCGGUUCCGUUAUUCUUGUUGUCGUGUGUGAUCUUUCCCAUCAGCCACACUACACACACCAUUUCUGACUGUCGCGUGUCGUAGUCGGAUUGUUGUUGUAGUUGGUAGCUGCUGUAAUGUCACACACCGCAGCAAUGAACACAUUAGACUCAUCUAUACCAAAUACAAUACAUUUGUUCGAAAAACUAAAAGAGGACUUGGUUCUAAACUUGGUACAGGAGAUUAAAUUUCAGCCAAAUCUCUGUCAAUUGCCCAUCACGACGCAAGACGAUGAAAUAACGGUUGACGCCCGAGACAGAUCUGCUCAUGUAUUAAGAUGCUUGAAAGUGGUGUUUGAUUUAUCGUCGGAUGUAUUCUUCGUAGCCAUCAAUCUGAUGGAUCGCUUUCUAACGAAGAUGAAAGCGAGACAAAAACACAUGGACUGUAUCAGCGUGUCUGCAUUUUAUAUAGCUGCCGUCCAAUUAUCACCCGUCGUAGACGGAGAUCACAGAUUCAUCGACCGAUUAGUUUCGAUUUCACAGUGUGGAUGCACCACGGACGAUCUAAAACGCAUGUCACAAGUGAUAAGAAAUAAAUUGGAAUGGGUGCCAGGCACUCAACCCAUUACCACGCUGACUUUUUUACAACUGUUCAAUAACAUGUUCCACGCAGUGGCGGCGCAAUUUCAUCUCGGCGAUGUGUACGCUAGUGUUGUUAAGAUAUCCGAGCUGAUUCUCAUGUUGGAAAUGGUAGCCUGCGACGGUAGUUGCGCGAGUUUGAGACCGUCGGUGGUGGCUUUAGUAUUACUCUGCACUUACUUGGACACCACUGUCAACCGAUUAAACGCAAACGCAAACGGAAAUGCCUCCGUGCCAUCCACACACGAUACUGCCACCGUGCCGCCUCAUCAAGUCUUGAGAGAUAAAUUUGCACUGUUCACCAAAUGGCUCCAAAAUGAAUGCAAUAUAUCAAAACAAAGUUUUUACUUCACGCGCGGAGCGGUGGACGUCAUUCUGAGCAAGUAUAAUGCCCAGGAACAAACGCCGUAUAAACAGAACCUAAUUUGGAGAGUUUCGAAAUCUACUGCGCGUGUCUUACGUCCAACUGCUAAAUUCAGGUCAGAGCUGCCUGUUAUAGCGGAGCACACUCCGGUUCCGUCGCCGAGCAAAAUCAGGAAAAGUCGUAAGUACACUCGUCGUCAUGGGAACAAGAGACGUUGAAGUUUCAUCGUCAUUUUUUGAGGAUGCUACAUCAAAAAUCGUCUAUCGUCUAUUACAAAAAGAUUUAUACAACACGAGAUUCAUUCUUCUCCAAUACAAAGUUUUGCUUGAAAGUACAAACAAACCUACACAAAAGUAAUGAUUUCUCUCAGAUAUCUUGUUUGUGUUGUCUUUGCCGAGAUGUACAUUAACGAAGAAGAAGCAAACAUCGUACCGCGCGUGAAAAUGGAAAAAUAACUGUUUCCCUAACAUGUCGUUUCUAUUCAGCGUACAUAUCGGUGAUACCAUCUCAAUCCCACUAGUUCAACUUUCUUUCAUUAUAUCACAUGCGUAUAAUUCGACGUUUCUGCGCAAAUAUAUAUUUUAAUAUUUUUACACAUAACGAAAUGAGAUUACAAACCUCGUUCUCUGAAGAGCUCGACAGUUGAUUCCUUUAAUAGAUGAGGCUCGACACGGGAAGAAAAAAAAAAAAAAAAAAAAAAACAAGAACGCUGUGAAGAACAGAAACAUUUCUUUCGAAUAAAGGAAUCUUUUUAAGAAUAGAAAUUGA